UCUGCUGAUGGGCGGGCGGGCGCGGGCCACAUCGCUGAGCGUGGUUACGCGUAUCGUAACUUUCUACAAACUGUACUAGCACGGAAAAAUAUUAGUUUAAGUACUGUUCCAUGAUGUUUAAUGUUAUUUUGAAGGGAUUUUCAUGGUGUUUCAGUGUUUUGGUUUAGUUUAGUGGAGGUUGAUUAUAAGUUUGGAUCCUAAGUUCACAUCGGAGCAAAGAGCGCAGUGUCGUGAAGUAUUCAAUUAAAUGGCGAGUGAAUCAGUGAAGGAGAAACACAAAAACAGUGGUUUAGUGGAAUAUAUCAAUAGUGUAACCGUAUAAUCUCAAAACGAUGGCACUUAAUCACGGAAGGUUUCCAAUAAGCAAAUGCGACAUUCCGGUAAAGUUGAAAGUAUUCGCAACCAUGUGUCCGCUUAGAUAAAAAACAGUCGAUAAAAAUGCUUACGCCUUUAUGAGACUAAGACUCUUCCGAAAUGAACGAAACAAGGACUUUGAAUGAGUCAGCGGUUUCAGAGUGGCAUAAGAACUUCAGUAUGCCGGCUCUGGACCUGGACCUGUUCUACCGGCCGGACUGGGUCAUCAUCGCGAUGUACUGUGUUGUACUCACCACGUCGCUAUCGGCAAAUACGCUGCUCAUUUUCAUUGUCAUCAAGUUCCAGUAUAUGCGAAGCGUAACGAACAUAUUCCUGGUGAACCUCUCCGCGGCGGACCUGCUGGUGACGCUGUGCUGCAUGCCGCUGCAGAUCGCCAAGUCGGUGACGCUGCUGUGGUACUUCGGGGACGUCAUGUGCAAGACCGCCAACUUUCUGCAAGGCGUAGCGGUAGCCUCAAGCGUGUUCACAAUAACGGCCAUGUCGGUGGACCGGUACCUGGCCAUCACGCAGUCGCUGCGCGCGCCGUGGCUGCCGUCCCGCCGCGGCGCGCUGCUGCUGCUGGCCGCGCUGUGGGCCGUCGCGCUGCUCAUCUUCGCGCCGCUGCUCGCCGUGGCCAGCGUGCAGCGGGAGCCACUGCCGGGGAGGGGGAAUGACUCGGAGUGGGGCGGGCGCGACGGCUACAUCGAGUUCUGCACGGAGAAGUGGCCCGACUCCAUCCGCAAGGAGAUCUACGGCGCCUGCAGCUUCGUGCUGGUGUACGCUAUACCGGGCUGCAUCGUGGUGGUGUCGUACUUCCUGAUGGGGCGGCGGCUCUGCUCCGUGCUGCCGCCCUUCGACCAGGGCGAGGGCAGCGCCAACAGCCAGCAGAGGCUGCGGCUGGUGCGAGAGAGGAAGCGAGUGGCGUGGAUCCUGCUCCUGCUAGCAGUUCUGUUCGCGCUGUGCUGGCUGCCCUACAACAUCAUCCAGCUGCUGAUCGACAUCAACGCGGUGAACCCCGACGCCGUGGCCGAUAUGAUGCCGUUCACACUACUGCUUGGUCACACAAACUCGGCCAUCAACCCGAUCGUGUACUGCCUGAUGACGCGCAACUUCCGGCGCUCCCUGCGCAAGCUGCUGUGCCACGACCCCGGUAACAUACACUCUAGUACUCAUCUUCAUAUGCGCGAUUUACGUCAAAAAUGCAGCAUGUGUAGCGCGAGCGGGCGCACCCACACCACGGUUACUUGCCGCAGCGUGCGCAGCAGCAACCACCGCAGCAGCAACAACCGCGACAGCAACAACCGCAGCAGCAACAACUGCAGCAGCAACCACGGCAGCAGCAACCACCGGUCCUCGGCGCCGGGCAGCCUGUGCCGGCGCGACGUGUGGACCCGCCAGCCGUCGAGGAAGGAGAACCAGCAGUUUCUGUAGACGGUGGUUCUGACGGUACCGAGAGAGACGGUUCUCUAUGGUCGUUACACGGGUUCAUUAUCGAUGUCGAUAAACUCGUUGAGUUCU